AUUAUUAUAAAUGUUUUUGUAUGGGUUUCAAGAAAAACACUAAACAGAAUUAUUCUUUGGGGUUACUACUCUGCGUAGAUUAGUCUGAAAUCCCACCUGUUUUCGAUUAAACUACUAUUAUUGGUCAAUAAGGUAUUGCAUAGGAUAUUUUGCUUUUAAUGUGGGCUUUACGCUAUACUACAGUAAUUAAUUUGUACGGUUUUACCAUUGUCUUUGUGAUCCUGAAUGAGCUUCACAUAGAUUUGUAUGAUCUUGCCAAUGAGAUUGUGGAUCAAACAUGAACCUAACAUCAGUUAUUGGUGGGAGGCGGACCUGAUGUUUACUCAGCUUAGAAACUCAAGACACUCAUUAACCAGCUAGUUACCCAAAAGUUGUUUAACAUGUCAAUCGACUGGUGACAGAACAGAUACUCUGGGCAUAUUGUAAGGAUUCCAUUGCUUUUUCUGUCUUUAUUGGUGGGGUCCACUGAAAAGCUCAAUAUCAGGGUUGUUAUUUUCACUGUAUUGUGCAUUUGUUGGUGUCUGUAUAAAACAAAUAGCACAUAACAGUAAGCUGAUCAAGUGGUCAAGGCAAAGUGAGAACACACAAAAACCAAGCGAUACACAUCACUGACCCACAUGUAUUAAAAGGCAUUACACACAGGUACACUCACAAAUUAACAGGCAUAUCACCAACACACACAUUCUUAAAAAGACGUUGGGCAAAUCUACACGCUCUCCAUCACUGAUGAUGACGUCCAGAGUCCUUCGACGGUCACUGCAUCACUUCCUGUCACUGAGGACCCUGGGCACUGCGGCCCCACGGAUGCAGGCAUCGGGGCACCUGGAACGAUCACCGUCGCGAGCGGUCCGGGCUGACUCCCUGCCUGUGAUGUUGACAUUUGAGGACCCCAGCGCCUUUAGGGUUAAGAGCUUCUGGGAGUUGGUACGGGCACUGGGGGUGUUCCGACUCUGCUCUGUCCCAAUCCUAGUGAACAACUGUGGGAAGAUCAUGUCUAUAGCGCAGACUCUGCUGGGGAAAAGGCUUUUUGCCCUGUUUAUGCGGCCCUCUGUGUAUGCUCAGUUUGUGGCUGGGGAGAGUGAAGGUGAAAUUGCCCAGUCCAUGGAGAAGAUGAGCUGCUUGGGACUUCGCCCUAUGCUGGCAGUACCCAUCGAAGAGGACCUGGGAGAGAGCAGUGGAGAGCAUCGAUACGACCAAAACUUGGCAUCCAUGUUGGAAUGCGUGAGCAUGUCCCAUAGCAACACCUGGAGCAAAGAUCCCAUGAUGCAGCUGAAGAUCACUGCCUUGAUUAGUCCAGAGCUUUGUGUGAAACUAACCACCCUUCUCUCAGAACAACAGUAUGACCUAGACCUUCUAGUUAGAGCCAUGGAAGGAGAGUCAAUCAGUUUCCCCGGUUUACAGGAUAGCGAGAAUGAACAUUUUCUUUGCGGCCUCCAGAGGCUCAAUAAAGUAGGAGAGGCCAGUGCAAACAAAGUGCGAGUUCUAGUUGAUGCAGAGUACACAUACAUGAACUCGGCCCUGUCACUUGUCACUACAGCCAUGAUGAAGAAGUUCAACCAAGAUAGUGCCUGGAUCUGGAACACCUACCAAUGCUAUCUUAAGGAAUCGCGGUCCCUUCUGCUCAAAGCUGUCCGUCUUUCCAUCAGUGAGUCUUUCUGUCUAGGUGUUAAGCUUGUGAGAGGGGCAUACAUGGACAAAGAGAGGAACCUGGCCAAAAAGGAGGGGCGUUCAGAACCUGUUCAUGAAUCCUGGGAGCACACCAAUGACAGUUAUAAUGGCUCUUUGGACAUCCUGCUAGAACUCAUCUCCCAGGACCCUCAGCGCUAUCGAGUCAUAGUCGCCACUCACAAUGAGAAGUCUGUCCAGCAUGCCGUUCAACGAAUGGAAGAGCUGGGAAUAGACAAAGAUGGUGGAUCGGUGUGUUUUGGUCAGCUUCUGGGGAUGUGUGACCAUGUGUCUCUUACACUUGCCCAGCAGGGUUACUUGGUGUACAAAUCGGUGCCGUAUGGCUCGGUAGAUGACACCUUGCCCUACCUUGUCCGCCGUGCCCAGGAGAAUCGUACCGUGCUCCAGGGCAUCCGCAAAGAGAGAGAUCUUCUGAGACAGGAGCUGCGCAGAAGGCUCAAGCAGGGUCUCAAAUGACGAGGUUAGGGGUGAGGAGGAGACUAUCUGGAGGACAGGAUCAUUCACAUGAAGCCUGUUGUUUCAGGAAGCAACCUGAAAUUCCUUUUCAAUAAUUGACCAACAUUUGAAUCUAGUGUACUUUAAAUUAUUUCUUA